AUGGAGAAGCUGCAGACGGUGCUCGACCUGCAGCUCAGGCAGCACAGGGCGCUGGGCUACGGCCUGGUGAGCCUCCUGACGGCGGGCGGGGAGCGCCUGUUCUCCACCGCCCUGUUCCAGUGUCCCUGCAGCGCCGCCUGGAACCUGCCCUACGGCCUGGUCUUCCUGCUGGUGCCCGCGCUCGCCCUCUUCCUGCUGGGCUACGUGCUGAACGCGCGCACCUGGCGCCUGCUCACCGGCUGCUGCGCGCGCACCUCGCGCUCCCGCUCCCGCGCCCGGCGCUGCGGCGCGGUGGUGCGGGGCGCCGUGGUGUGCGCGCAGCUGGGCGCCUCGGCCGCGGUGGCGCCGCUCACCUGGGUGGCCGUGGCGCUGCUCGGGGGCGCCUUCUACGAGUGCGCGGCCUCCGGGAGCGCGCCCCUGGCGCGGCGCCUGUGCCGGGGCCGCGCCCCCGCCUGCGAGGCCCAGCUGCCGCUCGCGCCCUGCCUGCCCGCCCAGGGCCCCGACGCGCAGGGCGUCCUCAGGGAGCUCAAGGCGCAGUCGCAGGUGCUGGGCUGGAUGCUGAUAGCAGUUGUCAUCAUCUUCCUUCUGAUUUUUAUAUCUGUCUCCCGAUGCCUAUCUCCAGUUAGUUUCCUGCAGCUGAAAUUCUGGAAAAUCUAUUUGGAACAGGAGCAGCAGAUCCUUAAAGCUCAGGCCACAGAGCAUGCCAUGGAACUGGCAAAAGAGAAUGUUAAGUGUUUCUUUGAGUGCUUACACCCAGAGGAAUGCAAUACCCCCAGCAUGAAAGACUGGCAGCAAAUUUCAUCUCUAUAUACUUUCAAUCCGAAGGAGCAGUACUACAGCAUGUUGCACAAAUACGUUAACAGAAAAGAGAAGACUCAUAGUAUCAUAUCUAAAGAAGGAGAUGCAGUGAUUCCUGUUCUUGGCUUUGUAGAUACACCUGGUAUAAAAACUGCUGCUGAGUUAUGACCUUAUUAAUGAAUACACAGAAAGUGCUUUUGAGUUAUUGCUUCAUUAAAAAAAAAAAAAACGUU